CCAAUUCAUCUUGUGUUUGGAUGUGUCCGCAAUGUAAACUCCUUCCUUGUUAAUUCAUCAGAGUUAAACCUAAACAACUCCUUCUCCGCACUGGACUCACUCAUAACCUCCAACUCCGAGCACACAAAGGCUCCAACAGAACCCUCUAAUACAACACCUAAACCAACACGUCGCAAACUCAAAGGCGUGGUAAUAAACUGCAAUGGUCUAAAGCGUAUCUCUUGAUCUAAUAUAUGAGCCCAAAGGCCCCAAAGCCUUGCUUGAUUUGUAUAACCCUGACUUCGUUUUAGAAACUGAAUCCAAAUUAGAACAAGAUAUUCCAAGUUAUUCAAUAUUUCUAUCAAACUACGCCAUCUUCCGAAAUGACAGAAAUCGCAAUGGUGGCGGAGUCUUCCAAGCAGUUAAAUCUGAUCUCGUUUGUACUGAAGAAACUGAUUUAACCAAUGACUGUAUCAUUUGGACAUCCCUUAAGUUAAGCAAUUGCAAAACAUUGUAUCUGUCAGCGUUUCAUAGACCUCCCAACUCAAACACUGAGGUACUGGACAAAUUCCACGAUUCAAUCAGUCGAGUAUUUGACAAAAGUCUCACCCGUCCCAAUGUAAUUAUUGGAGGAAAUUUCGAUCUUGGUGACAUCGAUAGAGCAUCAGAUGUACCGGCUCCUC